AUGAAAAAAGACAACCAGUCCUGUCUCACCGAGAUUGUCCUGCUGGGCUUCUCAGAUUUCCAGACUAUGCAGGAACUUCUGUUUUGCCUGGUUCUAAUGUUCUACUUCAUGGCUUUGAUGGGAAACAGCCUAAUUUUGAUCCUCACCAUUCUCAAUACUACCCUUCACACCCCAAUGUACUUUUUCCUCUGGAACUUGUCAUUUCUGGAAAUUGGCUACACCUCGUCUAUCAGCCCAAAGAUGCUAGUGAACCUAUUAUCAGAGAAGCAGACUAUAUCUUUUUGGGGCUGUGGAUGUCAAAUGUGUUUCUUCCUUCUCUUUGGUGUCACUGAGUGUUGUCUUCUUUGUGUGAUGGCAUAUGACCGCUAUGUUGCCAUUUGCAAACCCUUGCAAUAUCCCUACGUCAUGAACUUCAGGGAAUGUGUUAAGCUUGCUGCUGCCUCAUGGGCCAUUGGGAUUUCCUUGGGUUUGGGGCACUCUAUUUCAAUCUUCACCCUUCCCUUCUGUGGGUCGAAUAGAAUCAGCCACUUCUUCUGUGAUCUUAUGCCUGUUCUGAGGCUGGCAUCUACCAAUACCUACAAAAAUGAGGUGGCCAUUGCUGCAUUAACAGUGCUAGUUGAUAUGACACCCUUUUUGCUCAUCCUUUUCUCCUACAUCCUGAUAAUCUCCACUAUUCUCAGGAUGCCGGUGGCCAAGAACAGGCACAAGGCAUUUUCUACUUGUUCCUCACAUCUCACCGUUGUCUUCAUUUUCUACGGAACUGUCAUUUUUACCUACAUUCAUCCAAACUCAGCAUAUUCUGUGGACAGUAAUCGGUUUCUUGCCCUGCUGUACACAGUAGUGACCCCAAGCUUGAACCCCAUCAUUUACAGCUUGAGGAAUAAAGAGAUAAAAGCUGCUUUUAUGAAAUCAGUAGCCAGGAAGCAGGUCUUCCUGAGGUAA